UCACUCACCCACUCACUCAGUCGCCUCUUCACGCUCAUUCCCCUCGCUCACCCACUCCACCAAAUCCCUAGCCCGCGGCGGCGACGCACCUCCCCCUCACUCGCGUCGGCGAAUCAACCGCGUCGCCGCCCUUCUCCUCAGGCGUCGCCGCCGGGCCUUCUCGUCUGCGUCGCCUCUCCCUCUUGCCCGCAUCCUCUGCGUCACAGUCGAGCCAAAGUUGGAUAUUUUAGCGAGGUCGAGUAGGAGCGUGAGAAGCGCGGGCACGGCGGCCUUGUCCUGCUCGAGGAAGGCGGCGACGGAUGCUAGCGCUCCUCGCCGCCAUCGACCUGCAAGGAGGAGCGCCGUGUUGGACGCUGCCAUCUCCGACGCUGCUGGUACUCCUCCGCCGCUACGAGUGCCCCGUCACCUGCGCCCAGGUCAAGCGCGAAGUCGAGCUCCCCAUGCUUGACCUGCAAGAUGUAAUGUGGUCAAGAACUGCUCUCUGCCGCGGGAGUAGAUUGGAAAGGCUGCUGCUGCUCCUGUACAAUGCGGUUGCUGCUGCUCCUGUACAAUGCGGCUGCUACUGCCACUACCACUCGCCGAUUCGGGCAUGAGCACAUUCUUGGAGUGGAUCUGCAUUUCAAAAAGUUAACAAGUGGGAGUACAUGGAGUACUACAUUUUAAGUCGAGGAGAAGAUGGUAACUGCUCCGUGAUGAUGCCACCAGCACCUACGACUUCCUCGACCACCACCACCAUGAUGACGACUUCCUCGAACGUGCGAGGCAGGUGAGGAGGAGGGUUACCAGAGGCUGGAGGAAAAUGAGAGCAGGGACUGCCCGCCGAGCAUCCCCAUCGCUGGCGAGCCGAGCAUCCCCAGCCGGUAGCAAGGGACAAGGGAGCAGUAGGCACUACGUACCUCCAUUAUUAUAGUUAAAUGUCAUGUCUGGACUGACCUUUCCUUCUUCCUGGGCAGCCAACACUUUGUAGUUGGAAAUACUAUCAGUUUACACUCCUGAUGAAGUGAUGAUGAUCAGGAUGAUUGACAAGGAAGAAAUGUUCCACAGGCUUGCUAUCUGAUUCAUCGGGGUCUGGUGGUAUGUUCCGUACAAGAACCUACAAUAAAAACACAUUGAUGACUCAGAAUCAAAAGAAUAAUCAGAGAACCAUUAAUCUAGAUAAGAUCAUUGUUGUAUGCAGCAUUCUUUUUUCUAGCAAAGGGAUCUAAACUGAGCUCAUGUAUAAGUUGCAAUCACAAAGGGAUCCCAUGGCCUCAAUCCUCAUCUCCAUCUCUCUAUCCUGAUCUGAUUCUCUCCGUCUUGAACCAAAUAGAGAAAAGAGGGGAGAUGAACCUGAGGGAGGAAGGCGAUCGCAUGGUGGCGAACGCAGGAGGAACCGGAGGACGGGAGCAUGGUGGUUGAUGCCUAGGGUUUAGCGCAGGUCGUGGCGGCGUCUCCUCUGGGAGGUCGGCGGCGUGCGAAGGCGAAGGCGUACCUCAGCAGAGGUGUCCAGAUGGCGACCCAGAGGUCCACAACGAUGGCGGCGCCGCCUCCACGACCCCUCGGAGCCGGCAAAGGGAUCCGCGGCUAGCGCCUGGGAUCUGCUAGGCGGCGGCGUUCGCGUCGCGAAUAGAUCCAGGGGUCGUCGCUCCUUCACCUCGUACGUGCGGGCGAUAGGUUUAGGUUUUUUUGUCGCUGGUUAAUUUUCGUAGGUCUUUUAUCGUUGGUUAACCUUCGUAGGUCUUUUUACGGUCGUACGUGCAUGGGUGGGGGUUGGGGUCUCAGCACGAGGUUUUUUCGGUUUGUGAUGGCUAAGUCAAAGGUGGGAGGAUGUACCAAAAAAAACCAUAGGAGGUGGGACUAAAAAAAACCUGGAAGCGAGACUACCAACUGCUCCAUUAGGAGUAGAGAUUGUCUUUCUGACUGUUAGGGCAUCUCCAGCCGGCCCCCCAGGAAGCCCCCCAGGAGCUUUUUUUCAGCGCCGGCGGUCAAAAACGCUCCCAGCCACAACCCCAGGGGCUCGUUUUGCGCCGGUAUUAGCCAAAAACACGGCCGGCGCUCGUGAGAGAAACCCAACAACCUGGGGGUUGGCCGGGGCGCCGGCACUACUUUUUUGCAUGCGAAACCCCACACGUCGGCCUCUAUCUCCACAUCUCUCUCUCUCUCCCCCGUCGCUUUCUCCGUCCCCACCUCCCCUCUCCCCGUCCACUCUUCUCUCUCUCCCCGGCCAAGCACUCCUUGCUGCGCUCCCGCCCGCAGCGUCGCCUCCGCGCCCGGCCGCAGCUCCCGCCCGCAGCGUCGCCUCUGGAGCUACGUGGGACGGCGCAGCCGACGCGGCCACCAACCGCUGCGCCAUGGAUCCCGACGCCGAGAUCGCCUUCGACUUCCCGCCCUACCUCUGCCAGUACAAGAGCGGCCGCGUGCACCGCCCGGGCGGCGACGCCUUCGCCCCCACCGGCACCGACCCGCUCACCGGCGUCGUCUCCAAGGACAUCCACUCCAUCCCCGCCCGCGCGCACGUCUACCUCCCGCCCGACGCCUCCGCUGCCACCGCCGCGGCCCCCGGCAAGCUCCCCGUCGUCGUCUACUUCCACGGCGGCGGCUUCGUGGUCGGCUCCCCGGCCCGCCCCUCCGGCAACGCGCUGCGGGGCGCGCUCCCGCCCGGCCUCCUCCGGCUGCGCCGCCUCGAGGCGUUCAACGGCAGCCACCCGGUGCUCCCCGGCGCCGUGAACCUCAUGGCGUACGACGCGUCUGGCAACGGCUUCGAAGGCCCCGUGGACGCCGCGGCGGUCUGCGCGUCCUUGCCAGGCUCGUGCGUCGCGCUGGAGCCGUCCUCGCGCGGUGCCUCGGCGACGUCGGGAAGGAGCGGGUGGGGGUGGGGGGGGGCAACGACUGAAAGAGAUUGGAGCCCCAGAGUAAAAUUCUCGCCGGCAGCCUCCCAGGAGGCGAGAAAAAUGCCUCCUGGGGAGGCCAACGGCUUGAGAUGCCCUUAGCCCUUACGCCUUUUGUGUGUGAUUUCUCUCAUGUAUAUUCCUAAUCUUUAAUGCAAAGGCAGAGCACCUGCCAUUAGCCCUCAAAAAAAGCAUGCUGUGAACUUGUUCAUCUACGAGGCUUCUCACAACUCAAAAGGGUGGGGAGAAAAGGUAAGUGUAUGUCGAUAUAUAGAUAGCACGGCCUUGUCAUGAUCAGAUCGGAUCAGAUUAGUGUGAGAGCAAAUCACCAAAAGCAAUGGUGGUAGAGGUUGACAUCCUUGUAUGCAUGUGAGUGACUCCACCGGGCCCAGCAGCUGCUACUCUUCUUCCUUGCUCAUCAUCUGGUGAUUGUCUGACUGGUGUACAUGUACGUGUUGACCAACUUGUGGGGCAACAAGAGCUAUCUUAUCUACACACGCUGAACUUAAUUAUGUUUUGUAUGACCCAGCUGAGCAUUAGGUGUUGGUUGCUAGAGAUGGAUCGACGAUAAUUUUUUUUAGAGUAAUAAGGGCAGGAGUAGCAUGGUUUCUGCUGCUCGGUUUCCCUCCUUUUCAGCUGGAAAUUAUAAUCUCUAGCCUAUCAGAUGUCAUUGUUGGUAUUUAUCCAUAGGGACCAUAAGACUCAAAGGUGAUGUUAAUUGUAAUUAGAUCAAGGGUCAAUGGGAAGAGACUUAAAUAUUACAUUGCUGGUGAUCCAGUAUGAGUGGAGGUAAAUGUUUUGCACUUGAUCACCCUCGAGAAAUAUUUUAUCUAUCUGUUUCUAUCUAUCAUCUAUAACACUAUGCUCCCUAGUUUUUAAGGCCUCACAAUCAAUUGAGGUCUCUAUCUUAAAAUUGUGUCAUCCGAUUUUGACCGGGCCAACAAUUUCUCAAGGAGCUCUCAUUUUCAAUUCUUGUAACUAGCAUGGUGACCUGCCCAUUUGGGCGGCUAGAUUAUAUACAUGUUCAAUAUCAAUGGAUACAAUUAUCUCAAAUUUCAGCAAUUUUGACAUGCUUUUGAAAGCACGAGUUUGACCAUUAUUUAUAUAUGAAUAUACCUUGAUAAAAUGUAAACAAUUACUAUGCGAAAUAAUCCAUCUAAGUAAAAUUAUAUACAUCAACACCAAUAGGUAACUAGAAUACUAAAGCAUGAAUAGUUUGUUGCAAUACUUAUCAAAUAUCUUUUAGUGAAAAUUUUCAACUAAGAGUUAUAACCUUGUGCUAUCAUUAUCCACCCGCGUCAUCAUUUCUAGUACUAUUUUAAAAUACAUUAUUUUAUGUAUGCUGUCGUCUCUGUGUAUAUAGAUGCUACACUCAUAAACAUCUUAUGUUGUCGCUUGCCCAUCUAAUUUAUUGUAUUCAUUGCUACAUAUUCACUGAAAUUUGAUAAUCCUAUACUCUAGCUCAUUACUGCAGCUUAUAUACAUGUUGAUCUUCAUUACUGCAGCUUAUAUACAUGUUGAUCGUGCACAUGUUGUUUAAGUCAAGUUGCAUUCUUAGGAGCUACUAAGAUGAUGUAUUAUGCACUUGUAACGCUAUCACAACACCAAGUUACUUAAUUUGGAUGCUAGAGUA